CAGUGUUUGUGCUCGGUCGCCGCUCCCUCCCUGUGAGGGUGAUUAUAGUCGUUAGGGAAGGUGUCCGCAGUCGGUGAGUGUGACCCUCGGGAGGCGGGAGUUACAGGAUGACGCUGUUAGUUGUAAUUCAUCGGAACUGAGCCCGUUCCUGCCCUGACUUCACCAGCCGGCCCGGAGGAUGGGGUAAAGGUUCUUGCCGUAUUCUAGAUGGCCAACAGACAAAGGAAUAAAUGCACUGCCCACCAAUGCUGUGUUUCAUCACAGUUAACUACAUGACCAAUGAAUUCCGUCUCGCCUACCUCUAUUCACUAUGUCCAAAGUCAGGAGGACCUGCAUCCCUCCGGAUCAAAUAGGCCAUUUCCCAGUGAUCACAAGAACAGCUGGGAUAGCCACUGUCAUUCAACAGAGAAGUCUGAACACACUGAACCAGAUGAGGUAGACAAGAUUAAAGCUAAGCUGAUGACAGCAUGGAACAAUGUCAAAUAUGGUUGGGUUGUGAAAGGGAGAACAAAUUUCAGCAAAACCUCCCCCAUUUUCCUUCUGGGCCGGUGCUACUGCUUUGAGUCAGAAGCAGCUGAUUUGCCAUCAAACUCAGACACCAGUUACGAGACCGGCAGCAACCAAAGUUCCUCUCCUCCCUCGGUGGGAUUGUUCCGCAAGGACUUUGCUUCUCGGAUCUGGUUGACGUACAGGCGUGAAUUUCCUCAGCUGGAGGGUUCUGUGUGGACCACAGACUGUGGCUGGGGUUGCAUGUUACGCAGUGGCCAGAUGUUACUGGCUCAGGGACUUCUCAUUCAUCUUCUGUCUCGAAACUGGACCUGGUCUGAUGUUUUACUUUCUGUCGAAUCUGAGGCUGAAUCCAGAUCGCCAUCCAAAUCAAACACUUUAAACUGGCCCAUCUUCUCUGAGGUCCUUGGCUCACAACUGGACAGAAGUAGAAGCCUCAGGGAUACGCAGAGAACCACUGUAAUGCAAAGACCUACACAGGCACAGAGACGGACCAACAUGGACCAGUACACUGUAGACCAAGAGGAAUUGGAGCACCGAAAAAUUAUCUCCUGGUUUGGAGAUUACCCCAAAGCUCCAUUUGGAGUCCAUCAGUUAGUGGAGCAUGGGAAGAGAUCAGGGAAGAAGGCUGGGGACUGGUAUGGCCCGUCCAUUGUGGCCCAUAUAAUCAAGAGAGCAGUAGAAAGAGCUGAAGAAUCUGAAUCAUUAAACAUUGCAGUUUAUGUGGCACAGGAUUGCACAGUGUACAAAGGUGACGUGGUGAAUCUCUGUGAGACACCGUUAAAGGGUGGGAAGGCUCCUGGUUCGGAUUGGAAGUCUGUCAUCAUCCUGGUACCUGUUCGACUUGGAGGAGAGAACCUCAAUCCAGUGUACAUGCAGUGUGUGAAGGAGAUUCUGAAGCUUGAGUGUUGCAUUGGAAUCAUUGGUGGGAAACCGAAACACUCCCUUUACUUCAUUGGCUUUCAAGAUGAUUUCCUGCUGUAUUUGGACCCUCACUAUUGCCAGCCUGUUGUGGAUGUAACUAAGCAUGACUUUCAGUUGGAGUCAUUUCAUUGCAUCUCUCCAAGAAAGCUGUCCUUCAGUAAGAUGGAUCCCAGCUGUACUAUAGGGUUUUAUGCAAGGACUAAGGAAGACUUUGAAAACUUGUGUAAAACUGUCACAAUGGUGUUGGGCUCCUCAUCGUUGAAGGAGAAAUACCCUAUUUUCACGUUUGCAAGGGGCUGUGCUCAGGAUUAUGGUCUGGAUGAACUCUGCACACUCAAACCGGAUAAAACUGUGCUAAUCUCCAAAUCUGGAAGACCAGGGAAGUCAAAGCAGAACAGCACUGAUGAAUUUGUCUUUCUGUGAUGAGCAAAUGGACUCCAUUAGAUAUCUGUGCCUGCUGUAUUUCAGCAGGGCUGAAACUGGGAGCCUCGUGGAGUGUUCCUUUUAUUUAUAUUCUGUUGUCUUUCCAGGAAGGGGAUGGUCCCCUGAGGGGAGACCACCUCUUCUCUUGGUGACUGGGAUUAGCGCUGUUCCUGACCAAGCAGCAUUUGAUUGGGUUUUCUUUCUUUUCUUUUGUGGCAGUGCUAGUGCUGCGCAAGUCUGUUACGGAUUAGUUUUUGGGCAAGUUGUCGAUUGCAAGCUGAGUAACACUGUUUGUAGUAAAAUCUGAUACGGGUAUCCCAAAAGGCCCACCUGUUGCUACAUUGUGUAGGAUGAUGUUCAUGAGGGUAGGAGUAGUCCGGUGACAGCAGUCCUUCAGCUCACCAGCUCAGUGUGUGAGCCCGAAUUGUCAAUGGCAGGGCUGGAGGAUUGCCAGGCAUUGGAGCUGAAUCCAGUGUUCUUCAUAAUUUGAGGAGAUCAAAUCCUAGUUGAGGCUGGGAAUCCUGAAUCGUGGCUCUUCCUAGCGUCUAACAAUUGGGUACAAAUGUUCCCUCAGCACAGAAUCAACCAAGUCCAUCUUCAAUGUGAAUGUUUUUCCACUGUUUCUCCCAGGGAGGUACAGCCAUCAGCUGAAAGGGGAGGACUGUGUUGCUUCACUACAUUGUGUGUAUUUGCUGUGGCACACAGAAAUCCUUUCAGACCAGUCACUCAAGUGUGUGUGUGUGUGUGUGUUCAGGUUGGUGGGUCUGCGACAUUCCUUUAGAAUUUUCUGAAGACUCUACUAACUGGCCUACACAUUCUGUUUAAACAUUGACAUUCUUGUGAUCUGAAUCUUCUUAGUGUCUUUGGAGCCACUCUCAGGAGUGAAAUCUUUCAAUCUGAAAGAUUGCGAUUAACAUGAAUAAUUUUGCAUUGAACGGGAGAAAGAUCAGAACCAGCAUUGUUGUUAAACCUGCCCUCCCAUUGUGCCAAAUCCAACCACACACAAUUCUUUGGGAACAUCAAGUGACAAAGGUCAAUGCAAGGAAGAGUUGGAUGAGGCACCUUUCACCUCUGCGGCCUACAUUCAAAUUUGUAACCAGGUGAUGGGAUGGAAGUGGCUGCUUUCUGCAGCCAUCCUCUGCGUAAGAAGCUUUGACUAGCCACAAGGUUGAACACUAUUUGAUGCUCAGGCACAGGGUGUGGAAAUGGAAAAGACCAGUGUCCGAUAGGUGCUCUCCUGUGGUUCAUAUUCGGGCACAAAAUUGGAAUAGAAAAGACCUUUGUUCUGUACUAACCCAUACUGGACCGAACAGCUUCCAGUCUGUGAACAUGAGAUGGUCAUAAAGCAAAGUCUGAUCCCUGUAUGACCUGCAAAUCCAGCACUGCUACCUAACUCAAACCAGCAGUGUCCCCCCUUUCUUUAUGAAUUGAUCAAACAAAUAAUAGCUGGUUUAAUGCAAAGUUUAUUUCUCAUCCAAUCCAAUUCCUGUAUUGUGGUUAUUUGUGUUUUGGAAAACGCUGGUUCAUUUGAAAUAUAGCUGUGUUUAUGUCCUUGUAUCUACACCCUCUCGGCCUACUGUCUCUUCACCCCCUGCCCCUAGAGGAUGACUGUUUGCAUGCUUGUAUAGUACUGUCAAUGUUUGCUGGUAGGAUUUCCUGCAUUAGUGUAAUUUGACAGAAACAUAACUGGUCUGGGAUUAUUUGCCUCUGACAGUUCCCCUCGGGUAAUGUAAACAUGUGAAAAGUACCAAAUUGACCCUCCAGUUAAAUUAGGAGACCUUACUUUAAAAUCAUUUUUAUUUCUGACCGGGAAUCUCAGUGCAGCAGUUUUCUGGUUUGUUCCAUAGCUCUUGGUUUUACAUGCUUCCUAAUAUGUUUGUAACCAGAAGCUGAUGGGCCUACUGGGGUGCAGUGGGGAUUUUAGAAUAAUGUUUGGAAACUUGAGUAUUGCUGGACAGAUUGCUAACUCACCUCUGCUUUUCCUUUAGAGAAUCCCCAUGUUUUAUUUGCACUUGCUAAAGAAUAUCACACAUUGUUUGUAAUUAGCAACAAAUUGACUUUACUUCCUCUGGACCUGGUAGUGAUUUGCAUUAAUAUCUCUCGGUCCAUUCCAGCUACUGAAGAUUUUGCUAUUAUUAAUGGACUACUAGUGUUUUCAUCCAAACAAUAUGAUAAUUAUUGGUUUUCUUUGGAAGUCUUUGUAAUACCGCUGUGUAAAGAGGAAGCUAUCAAAGCCAGAUCCUGUCUUUGGGAAUGUUUCUUUGCUGAAAGAGUUGGGCUCCUUGGAGAUAGGAUCAAGAGCAACUUGCAAGGACUUGAGGGUCUGGGAGGGGUUCUGGCCAGAUCAGGAAAGGCUCCCACUUCAAGAUGAUCCAGAGAUUGGAGAUGUUCAAGUUGCCAAACAAAACCAGGAAAGCCCAGUGUAAUCUUACUGUCACCUCUUCAUCUGGUGCAUAGCCUUUAGUAUUGCUGUUGGAAAACCUUUUUGAUAUCAAUAUUUACCUCUAUUCACUAAAUUUAUUCAUUGUUGCAUUUCAGUCUCCCACGAGAAAAACACUGGCAAAGCCUUCAUUAGAGAAGGGCUGCCAGUCUAACUUUUGCGAUGUUUGUCUAUUCUCAAAUAAUUUCUUCCCCUUUUCUUGGGGGUUGGUCGAGAAAGGAGGGACUUCUAUCAGUUUGCAGAAUAAUUUCAGCAAUAUAUUUUUGAGAAGCCAUUUAUGUUGCAUGUCUUUAAUUCUUGAAGACUUUGAAUAGUAAUAGGAAGUUGAAAGCCUAUGUAGGUUUCAGUAGCCUGCUUUUCUGUGAUUCUGGUCAUACACCUUCCUACUGUAACUGGAGUGUUAGUGAAGAAGUUAUUACAGUUUCGCUGCUCCCAUUGAGAGUUCCUAAUGGGUGUGGCUUACUGUGGGGUAUGCAGGGCACUUAAAUUUAGAAUUGGUGCCAAGGGUUGGAGGGGACAUGUUUAGUUCUGGAUGUGUUAUAACCUUCCUAAACAAACUCAAAUAUGUAGUCAGUAACUCAGUUCUUUUCUGAUUACCUUGACUAUUUCCAUAACAUCCAGGUCCUUUUAUUGGUUGUCGGUGUUGGGUUGGACUGCCAGAUGUAUGUAAACACUCCUGACUUACUGAAACUGUGCUGCCUGUAUGCUGACUCAGUACACAAAGAUGUUCAGUUAGUUCUGGGAGAACCAGCUCUACCUGCCUUUCAUCAAUUCACUGGAGUUUGUCACCUGCCCUAAUGUGGAAUAAUUAUAUCCUUGAAUCUCAGUCCAUCUAGAGAAUAAGUUAAAUUCCUUCUGUCUUGAAUGAAGUGGAUGUGUCAUUAUCCAACUGGGGUGGACAAGGUCAGAAGUCGCACGACACCAGGUUAUAGUCCAACAAAUUUAUUUGAAAUCACCAAGCUCUGAGUUUGUGAUUUCAAAUGAACCUGUUGGACUAGAAACCUGGUGUUGUGUAACUUCUGACUUCUGUCUUGAAUAACUGAGAAAUUAUUGUUUUGUCUUCCGUCUCCCCUACCCCUCCCAGUCAGUAUCCACCCGUGGAACCCCUGUCCUUGGUGUUCAGCAGCAGGGUACUUUCCCAAUGUCUGUCUUUACCAAUGUUCCUGCCUUAACUAACUCCAUCGGAACAGAUUUGGCAUCUCAUUGCUGUUUGUGUGCGGAAUGCUGUAUUGUAUGGUAUAACUACUGUUUAAGAUGCACUUUGAGUUAUUUGAGAAAUGUUAAGCUGCUAUACAAUCAAGUUGUUCUUCCUCUAUUAAUUAAAUUGCUGCUUCAGCAGGAUUGCACUCUGGCGCCCUUACUUCCUGAGCACCAUCUGACAUGCGCUGUCAGUGAGCACAUUCAUUGUGUGGAUGCGGUGUCGGAGGGUUUUUUUUCCAAUGAGUUCAGUCUGACUCCAACUCAACUCUCUCAGCUGAACUACUUUCAUUAAUUUGAUCAGUAAACAGAAUUGAUUCAGUAUUCCGAACUGGAAAAAGUUCCAGGGAUGGUUCGAGUUAUCACUGAUACCUGAGAAGGUUGGCUUCUGUCUGCUUUCCAGAAAGAUGCCAACUCCUGCUCUUGAGCAGCAGAGGAGUGAGUGUUGGCUGCAAGGUGGUGUGUGUGGAAUGUUUUCCUGAUUUCCCCUAAUGAUAGCGGUGUCUUGAUGUCUACUUUUAUGGUUUUGUUCCUUGCUCACCAAUCCAAGUAUGGACUCAUUGCUGGGAUUGCUUCUUGUGUGUGAAUCAUUGGGCAUGUGCAGGCAGGCUAUGUAGUUGUGGAAGAUGUCGCUGUCUGAUCUUUAACAAUGGAAGAAAUCAGGAAAGGGGCAAAUCCCUUCUCUCCCCACCAUGAUUCUAAGAGCUAUUGAAAUCAUGACCUCCCUGACUCAGCCAGCAUCUUUACCCCUCAACUAUUCGGAAGCUUUCCUGUCUUUGUUUGAAGAGAACUCUUUGCAUGACUCGAUGAACUCACCAGUAUGGUCAUUGCUGGGUUGGCUGGUCUUUGUGCUCCGUGUCACCUGGUUACAGAUUUGCAAAUGUUGUAAAUCAAAUCCUCCAGAACUAAUGAAAAGAAAAUCAAGUGAGCAAUUUAUCUUGAGUUUUUGCUGUACUUGCAAUAUUUUAUUUCCAAUUCCUAGCUCUGAAAUGAGAAUGGACUUAGCUUGGAAUGAGCAGGGAUUUGAGAUUGAUCUUCUUGAUGGCCCCUGCUUUGUCUGAGAGGAGAUUGAAUUGUUGGUGUUGUAAUGGUGUUUGUACUCUACUGUCACUGAAAUCUGUUCAUUGAUGUUGUGCAUGUACUACUGAAAGUAACUGUUCCAACAUUGUUGUUUUAGUAAGGCCUGUGUCGAUUGAUUGAUUGUAUCCAAAUUAAUUUCUAGGUCCCUUAGUGCUCAGUGCUUAGAUUAGAUUACAAGAAGUAAAUCAGCCAGGCUCUCUUCCCAAAUGCUGCACAGUAACUCUGCUGGAACAUACAUGAAGCUUCAGGUGAGGAUCAGCACCAAGUGGUCAUACACGUGGGUGAGGUUUCCCAGAAUGGUUGGCACAGAAGCAGACCUCAAGUGGGUCAGUAGCUUCAGAAGAGAAUAGAAGGUGAGAGGUUAAAAUGAGUUCUGCAUUUAUCCUUCUGCAGCAGUGUUCCCUUCAGACCGAGGAGGAGGUCUGGACUCGGCCCACUUCAGUUCAGCUUUUGGUGGACCUUUUCCCAAACAUAGAAUCAACACAGGCCUUCCUAAAACAGUGUAUUCUGCAACCAGUCACAAUACUGUUUGACCAGACACCUUUUCACUAUGGGAUUGGAGAGCCUCCCAGGUAACACUAGUGGGCUUUAACCCUUUGAGGAUGUCAUGUUUGGUGGGAGAUAAGAGAGGAAAAAGUGCCUCUCCCAUUGUCCUUAAAAAUUUUGAAGCUGAUGGGGAGAGUGGACCACUCUGUCAUGUCCCUAAGAUCACUGCUGUGCACUGUAGUCCCUUUUCACAUGACAUGUAGCAUUAAAGGAGCAGUGGGAUGGUUUAAACAGAACUCACUGGAAAGAAGAUGUAUUUUUCUCUACACGUUUGAUUUAAUAUGAGCAUGAAGAGAUUUGUGGAAAGGCCUGAAAGACAUGUAAAUGUCUGAAAUUGCAGUAUUUUCAGAUCUAUAUUACAAGUGAUAACCACAUUCCUCAAGAGGCUAAAGCACCAUUUCUUUCUAAUUUAUUUUUGUUCAGAAAUAAACUGUUAACUUGAAGCUGCUUGGCAGUUUGAAAUAAAUGAAAGUAGGUACUUGACAAUCCCUAUA